AUGGCUGUCCGGGCAACGGAAUGGCAGAAGCUGCCGAUAUCGCUUACGGAGCUCUGCGUAAACACCACGUUGCGCUGCGGUCAAUCGUUCCGAUGGCGAAAGUCCGCCGAAGAUGAAUGGUCUUGCGCGCUCCAUGGCCGCAUACUCUCUUUCCGUCAGGACGCGACGCACCUCCAUUACCGCGCAGUCUUCCCUCCCCCUACCAUCCCCACUCCGCCGCCCUCCGUGGCCCCCUCCACAGCACCCUCGGUAGUCUCAGACGAAGACGACACGCUUGCGGUCGUAAGACAUUACUUCAACCUGGACCCGAAUCUCGGCCAACUGUACGAACAAUGGGCAUUGGCAGAUCCCAACUUCAAGAAGAAAGCGCCCAAGUUUACCGGCGUAAGGAUACUUAGGCAAGAUCCCUGGGAAGCACUGAUAGGCUUCAUCUGCAGCUCCAACAACAACAUCAGUCGCAUAUCAGCCAUGGUGCAUAACCUCUGCAAGCACUACGGGCCGCUGAUCGGUCACAUUGGAGACGAGGCAUACCACGACUUCCCCCAGCCCGAAGCGCUCGCGGAUCCGAAGGUGGAGGCGCAUUUGAUAAAGCUAGGCUUCGGAUACAGAGCGAAGUAUAUCGCCAAGACGGCGCGGAUGGUGGCCGACGAGAAAGGGCUAGCGUGGCUGGAAAGCCUUUGCAAUCCAGAAAGCCCUGUCUUCGGGAAAGAGCCCAAACCCGCUGGAGAGCUUGCAGAAGGUGGACGAGAAGGAUACCGAAGGGCGCAUGAAGAGCUUCUUGCACUGCACGGUGUAGGUCCAAAAGUUGCCGACUGUGUUUGCCUGAUGGGGCUGGGCUGGUCGGAAUCAGUCCCGGUGGACACCCAUGUGUGGCAGAUCGCCCAACGCGAUUACAAGUUCGGGAAGGGGAAGCACAGCAGCCUGACUGCCGCCACGUAUAUAGCAGUCGCCAACUAUUUCCGCAAGCUGUGGGGCAAAGAAGCUGGGUGGGCGCAUUCCGUACUGUUUACUGCAGACCUCAAGGCAUUUUCCGAAAGGGUGGUCGCCAAGACAGAGGUCAAAGUAGAAGAGGUCGUAGUCAAGGCUGAGCUAGACGGAGCUCUGGUGGUCGCGGGCGUCAAGAAGACGGAAACAGUGAAGAGAAAGAGGGUGAAGCGAGAAGCUGACGAGCAGGAACAUGAGGUCUUCGAGGUCAAAGAAGAGGUAGUAAAAAGAAGCAAGCGACGCAGAGAGAGAUGA